AUGGCCGUCGCCGUAGCCGCCGGGACCCUCCGUACCUGUUCCGGCGUAUUUCCGGCGGCGUCCGGGAACCAUCCGCUUGCCGGGUGGCGGCCACUUGCACCGGCAGCGCCCGCUAAGCUGAGAUUAUUGUCUCCAGCUUUGAGGGUUCCUAGAGCUGCUUCGCCUGCAGCUGUUGAGAAUGGGAGCUCUAGCAACAGUAAUACAGUCCCUACACCAAAAGUUAUAAUAGAUCAAGACUCAGAUCCGGAUGCAACUAUUGUGGAAGUAACCUUGGGUGACCGUCUUGGAGAUCUUCUUGAUACUAUGAGUGCCUUGAGGAAUUUAGGGCUAAAUGUUGUGAAAGCUAGUGUCUGCCUCGAUUCUUCUGGCAAGCACAAUAAGUUCUCUAUAACAAAGUCGUCAACUGGUCGCAAAAUUGAUGACCCAGAGUUGUUAGAAGCAGAAGCUAGCAGUCAAUUGGCCAUGGGUGCAACUUUUGGGCUAGAGCCCCCUACGGAAGUGGUUGAUGUGGACAUAGCAACUCACAUAGAGAUCUAUGACGAUGGUCCUGAAAGAAGUUUACUUGUUGUGGAAUCAGCUGACCGUCCAGGGUUGUUGGUUGAUCUAGUUAAGAUCAUUGCUGACAUCAAUAUCACUGUCCAAUCUGGAGAAUUUGACACUGAGGGGCUACUGGCCAAGGCAAAAUUCCAUGUCAGUUACCGGGGCAGGCCAUUAAUCAAGGCUUUGCAACAGGUUCUCGCGAAUAGCUUGCGUUAUUUCUUGAGGAGGCCGACAACAGAGGAUGCCAGUUUCUAA